UAAACCGUAUCCCUUCAUUCAUCAGGCCGUUUCCUGAAGCCAUUUCUAGACGGGAGGAACGAGAGUUGCGCUACUUUUAAAUCCGUCGCAUCUGCCUAAAUGCACGUUCUUAAGAAGAAAUCCUUUUUAAAAAUCGAUCGCUCACACAUUCGCCUUCACGUCGGUGUGAUUAUUUUUGCCUCUGCCGCGACGGAUUAGCAGCCGUUCGGGCUUUAAAGUCGAGAGACGAGAAAGGGGUUACCCCGAGUGCGCAAGAUGAGAAGAGGGCUCUCCUCGGCUCCGGACAAAGUGAUUUUAGCGGGGGUCGGGGGCUCCUCUCUGGAAAACAAUAUCAUUUUAACCGCCCUGGCGGAUCGCCUGAACCCCGGUCAGGCCAACACCACGUAUAUCCAAAUAAUAACCACCCCGCCGCCCUGUAACAUUGCACAGACAGCGAAUGUGUGUUCGUCCGAGCCCCAGCUCAGCAGCAUUUACACAACUCCGCAACAAGCCGCCGCAAACGGAGCCGGACAGCGACCCGCUCUGGGAAGACCGCCGGCAAAGAGGCGGCUGGCGCUUGACGAUUCAGAUCACCAGUACCAGUCAGAACCAGCCAAAACACCGAGAGGCCGAGGAGCAGCAGCUGCAGCAGCAGCAGCAGCAAAUGGGACGCGGCUGAAGACGCCCAGAACUCCCAAGUCUCCCCCAGAGAAGACGCGAUACGACACUUCGUUGGGGCUGCUCACAAAGAAGUUUGUGGAUCUACUUGCUCAGUCUGCUGAUGGCGUUUUGGACCUGAACCUUGCUGCUGAAACCUUACAGGUUCAGAAAAGGCGGCUGUAUGAUAUCACUAAUGUAUUGGAAGGGAUUCAUCUUAUCAAGAAGAAGUCCAAGAACAACAUCCAGUGGAUGGGCUGCAGCCUGUUGGAGGUAGAGGGCGCUCUGAGCCAAAGGCAGAGCCUGACAGCCGAGGUCUCGGCGCUGGGCGAAGAAGAGCAGAGGCUCGAGCAGCUCAUCCAGAGAUGCAGCCAGGAUAUAAGACACAUGGCCGAGUUACCAGGCAACCAGAAAUAUGCUUAUAUAACGUACCAAGACAUCAAGCAGUUGGCGAGCCUCAGAGACCAGACCGUCAUUGUUGUCAAAGCGCCAACGGACACCAAGCUGGAAGUGCCAGACCCUGAUGAGAGUCUCUCCAUCCACCUCAGCAGCGUGAAGGGUCCCAUUGAAGUGCUCUUGUGCCCAGAUGAGGAGAACGACAUGAGAAGUCCUGUAAAAAACGGCAACACCGACAUUAAUGGAAACUCUCCCUUUCUGAAAGUUGUCCAAGAGUCCAACUGCUCAACCACAUCCCCCAGCACCUUCCUGUCCCCACCCACAUCUUCCUCGGCCGUCUCCGUGACGACGCUCUCCCCCAUCUCGUCCCCGUACACCAGCCUCCUCCAGCAGACGGAGGACCAGGUCCCUUCCUCCCAGGGUCCCUUCUUAAAUCUGGUGCCCCCCAUCCUGGAGGACGACUACCUGCUGGGCUUGGAGGACGACCAGGGAAUCAGUGACUUGUUUGACGCCUGUGACUUUGAUAAGAUGCCCUCGCUCGGCCUGGAGGACCUCCUGUGCAGCUAGCAUUAGCUGAAACAGGAGGCCAAGAUGAAACCCAGAGGGCGUGGAGGAGGUGCAUUUCUUUUAUUCCCCUGGCGGAUAUUUUUUUACACAGGCGUUAGAAACUUGUAGGUAAAGGGAAUCGGCUCUCCGUAGGGUGCAGUGUUAUUGUACAGGGGGGCAAUUUGAAGGAAAACCCCUCCACACAAAGCCUGGCAUCGCUACCCCUGGACUCGGAUGAGUUCAGCACGGCAGUAAGAUCGUACGCAGACGAAUGGGGAACCACGCGAGCAGUUUGUGUUUCUGUGCAUAUAGUGUCAGGUUUAUUUUUAUAUCCGGGUGCACGAGCAAUUCCCCCCCUUUUUUGUGUGUUGAUGCCAAGUCCUGUGGGGGAGGAGAGUUCAAAGAGUUUUCUAAAUAGAUUUCGAUGUUUUACACCAAUGAAUUGUGCGUGAGGUGGAAGGCUUGCGCUGCGGUAAAAUGCAGCGGCCUCGUGUGCAAGACGUAGAUAUUUUUUUUUUUUUUUUAGAUGUUAAAGAUUAUAAAAGGGCAAGGGUCAGGAGGUGGUAAGGAGGGGGGGUCACGUUUGUACGUUUGAGCACCUUUGGCCAAUCACAAGCUGCAUGUCCGACAAGUGAACAACAGGCUGGACGAGAGGUCGACUGGAGCGGGUCGUGCACUGAUGAAGUGGGACACUGCAAAUUCUAACUGUGCAAUGAUGUAUAUGAGUUUGAUCUUUGUGAAGAUGCAGAACACCCCCCCCCCCCCCCCCCCCCCCACACACACACACACACACCCACGCAUAAAGCCAUAACCCUUCUGAAAUGGUGGGUUCAGCAAAAAAAAAAAGUGUAUAAGCCUACAAAUCCCCUGCAGUUCGUAAUUUUUUCAUACUUUGUUAAAAUCACGAUUCACGCAGGUUUCGGUCUCGCUGCUGUCGCGCCACCUGAUGCCUCCACAUUUACGCUGCGCUGAGCAACGCCUGAGUUUGAAUCAAGCGCAGCUCGACGCGCUGUUUGGUGUGUUUGGGGGCAUUCCUGUUUUAUUUUUUGUUUUUUUUGUUUUUGUUAAAGGCAUUUUAAAAAAAAAUUUAAUACUUAUACAAUUGACAUAAUGAUCUGCUGUGGAACAACAGAUCUGAAUGAAACUAGAUCUUUCCCCCCCCCCCAGAGUCACUGUUAAUUCCAACGAAUGCCGGUGAGGUCUUAAACCGUAGUUCUAAAAUAAAACCGUGUUUAGCCUAGAAGUUGCCCACAUGUCACCCACCCCUCCCCAGGCUUUUAUCGAUCCCAGAUAAUCCUCCUGCUGCUAGCGUUCGCCCCCCUCCGAUGUGACUAAUGUGUAAUUGUGUGUACAGCUUGAAUGAGUGGUCAGAUUAAGCCAGCUGUGUGUAAAUUCAUGUACAGUUUUCUAUAUUUUUUUUGUCAGUCCACAAGGUACUGUAGGCUACCUCUCACUAAAUGUUAGACUAUAAUAGUAGAGCGUAGAGGCCGGUUGUGUGUGUGUGUGUGUGUGUGUGUGUGUGUGUGUGUGUGUGUGAGAAUAUCUCUGUUCCCCUUUUUGUUAUAGAAGUGAUUUAAUUUAGCAGCAGGGUUGGAUUUUACAACCUGAAAUGUUGAGGCUGAAAAUACAGACGCUGUUACAACAGUCUGUCGUAUUUAAAAUUGUAUUCACAGGGUGCACAUUUGACGGGGGCAAAAAAUAGAUUUAUUGAACUUUAUUUGUAGAUUAUGUCUAUAGGUUAUUUAGCCUUUUUGUUGUUUUUGUUUGGUAGAAAAUCUUAUACAACCCCCAAAAGCGGCUUUUAAUGACUUUAAAUGUAGUAUUUCAUCAUUAUUUACCCUUAAUAUUAUGUUCAUCUGUGCUGCUGAACAGGUAUAAAUGAUCGCAGGGUUUCUACACAUAACUGGAGGGAAAGGAGAAGCUGGAAAUAUGGAUUAUUAUUAUUAUUAUUAUAUAACGAGCUUUCCAACUCUGGAUGUAAAAAUGUUUGAUCAACUCUCAAGACAUCGUUCAGUAUGAAGUUAGACUGAAGUUUCAGAAAAGUUAAAGGCUUCUGGACCCACUAUUAACAGUUAAAAAAUAACAGAAAAAGAAUCGGGUCAUUUCUCGUCUCAUUUCUGGAUCUGGAUUCUAUAUAUUUAGGAAUUAACCUUGUCCGAUAUUCUCAGGUGCCAGAAAAGGAGUGAAUUACCAUUUGCAAGUUUGUUGAACCAACUUGAGUAAUGUAAUUUGUGAGAUAUGCAAAUAGAAAUUAACUCUGUCAAUGGUUUUGAACGCUCCCCCCGCUGCUUCCAGAUGAGGAAAAACAUCUGGAGUCUGGAAAAGUAACCUGUAGGAACCCUGGGAUCAGGCCUUAUAGUUCUAAAUGUCAGGGAGACGGUUAAAAAAAACUGCUGUUUUCACUUUAUGACAGAGUGCCAAGAUUGGUUAUUGUAAAGUUAACCCUAACUCAAAAAUGUCCAGUCUCUGAAUUGGCUGGGAAGAAAUUAGCCAAAUUGACAACAUUGGCUUUAUUCUCCGCAUUACAUAUAUUUAUAUCAGUUUAUUUUGUUUUUAUGCAUUCACACAAUUUUUCCCCAGCUUGAUCCUGAACCACUACACCGCCCCCUACAGCCUUUGUAGAUCGGGUGUGUUCAAGAUGCGGCCCGGGGGACGUUUGUAGCCCGCUGAGUGAUUUUGUGCGGUCACCGACUGCAAUUCUGGUUGAAAAUAAUUUGACUCUAUAAAAAAGUUCAGAAGUGUAUAUGCCUUUUUAAUAAAAAGUGUGAAAUCCAGUUCUAUAUUUUGGAUUUAAAAUUGGAUACAUUUUAUACAAAAACCAGGCUACUUCAUUAAAAUAUUCCAUGUUUAGUUUGAGUGUGUAAAAAUUAAAAAAAAUAUAUAAUUAAAAACCAAGUGAUUCCCACUUUAAGUUGGCCCACUUGGCCAAAAAUCUGGACCCCACUGUUGUAGAACUAGUUCUGUAUCCAUUUCAAGCAACGAGCUAUUUUUAUGUGGUGAAAACCUUUUUUGUUUGGAAAUUCUGUUUUUUUUUUUCAAUAGAUUUGCUAAGAAUUAAGAUUUUAAAAGCACCACUGAAGUAUAGUGUUUUGUACUAUAGCCGGUGACUUUAAAUUGCAGCUUGUGUUUUCUAUUGUAUAAUUCUGAUGUGAUUUAGAUCUUGCAAAAAAAAAAAAAAAAAA